GAUGGACAAAAAAAGAUGUAAUCGAAAUAGGAAGUCACAUAGCAUAGCACAACCAAAGCAACCGUUGUUUUCUAGUUUGCUCGUCUUCUCCAUCGUCUCUCUAUAUCCUUCAUUCGACACUUUUUGCCCUAGUACUGUCGUUCUUACAGUCUACCAGCAGAACACUUUCUCGUUUGAAUUUUGCAGGAUCAGACCUUCUUUUAACACCACUCGUUGUCUCAGAACCUGGUCAGGUUCUACAUGCGGCUGGCUCGCUCUACGCUCAUUCACAACAUCCGCCGAAUUUCAUCUCCGUCCUUGCCAUCAUCCGACUUAUAAUUUCUCACUGACCCGCUUUAUUUCACGACAUAAUGAGCGGUGGUCCAGCAUGGAAACGAGAAAUUGUUCCAGAUCAUAAGUUCGACUUCAUCGACACUCGUGAGUUUACCGACAAUGGCUUCCUCAUGCGCCUAAAAUAUCUAUGGCUUUAUAUCAUCAUCCUCAAAUCAUUCCUUGUAUACCUUUCCGAUAUCUUCACCGCCACGACCAUGUUGACAACUUCGACAUGGUCUAACCAAAUCUUUGACGACUGUCAGCAUCAAGAUGGUUGCUUCUAUAUCCCCUUUAAUGUCGGAAAGUGGCUGUUCGUAGGAUGUAUUAUUUUUGGCUUCCUCCUGCUUGCGUACGAAGCUCGGAAAUCGAAGAAGAUCAUCGCCAGUCGUGAUAUCUCGUACGCUUUCACAAACGUGAUGGCUAACAACUAUUACUCGCUUCGCUCAUAUGACCACUUCUGCUUCUUCGAUCAUAUCAGCAAUUCAACGAAGAAGAAAGAUGACUUUGCAUUCUUCAUUUUCUUCACGUUCAAGAGUUGGAAGCGUCUGCUGUUGUCUGAUGGGCCAAGACAAAGUAUCAAUGCUCUGACACUCUAUAGUAUUUACCUAGCGAAGAACGACAAGGGGUCUUGGUACGACGUCAGCAAGUACUUCGCAGGAAACAGUCUGUCAACCUCUGCCCUAACUGUCUCCACGUUCUUCACCUUCGUUAUCUUCGCUGGCUCGCUUUUGCUGUUGAUCAUGGCUGGCAUAUUCUACAUUCCUUUACUAUGCUACAUCCAAGGAAACCUGAAGGAGUAUGUAUGUCACAAGGUUGACAAGCGAAUCGCAGAGGUCAUCAAGCGCAGAAACAAGGAGCGGCUUGCAAAGGCUGCUGCGCUAGCGAAGAAGGAGGCUAUGGGUGACUUCUCCCACUUGAAGAACAAGAAGGGCGAGAUUAUCGGCAAACCUUUGCCACAACCGACUCUUCCCAACCUCUCAGUAGACGACGAUGACGAUGACGCCGCAUCCAUCUCCAAACGCGGGCCAGGUGGUGCUUACAAUCAAGAUUACUACUAUGACCAGAAGAGCAUAGCGCCGAGUUAUCACACAAAUCCCGCCGGUGCUGACUAUACCGACUAUCCCCCAAUGCCGGCUUACAACACUGGGUAUUCACAUCAGACUGCAUAUAAUCCGUCUGCGGGAAGCUUCGAGCCACAGCACCAACCCUACGAAGAUGAAUAUGGCAGCACAGUUCAUCUUGCGGAAGGUACUCAUCUGGCUUAUCAAGCUAAUGAUCCAGGACCGUACGAUUCAUACGGCAGCUCAGGGGUGCCAGGGCAUUAUGUUGCUGAUGCACAUGAUGUGUACCAAGGAAGGGCAGCUCCAGGAGCGCGUUCACAAUACAAUGGUGCGAGCGGGCAGGCUUACGAUGUGCAGGACUAUCCAAGCCAGCAGUAUAUGCACGCACAUAAUCAUGACUACGCAGCGAAUGGUGACGGUUACCACUAUCAGGGGUAUGCUGAGCACGGCUCGCAUGAGUAUGGACAUGCUAUGUAGUAGUUGCAGAGUGCGACCUAGUCUUCAUAUUUCCCUAGUUGUUUUAUCUAUAAUUUUGGUUGAAGAGGGUCUCGUAGUGCCAAGCACCUUUGUGGGUCCUGCCCAGGCGUGCAUACCAUUGGUUACCACCAACUCCUAUGCCUGAAGCGAACUCCGCCACGGCAGACGAGUGACAAACAGCCGCGCUCUGUCACACCUCAACAACUAUCUCAAUC